CAUUCCCAGUGCUUCCUGGUGCUCGGUCAGAGAAAGCUGCAGGCUUGUCAAAGUCUGAGCUGGCUGUGGCACAUUUCCUGUUGUUGACAGUCGAGGAGCACAGCGCUGAGCUGCGUGUAAGGACUCGCAUUUUAUCAGCCGGGGAGCACACAGUCAGACACUCUCAGAGAGCACCCUUUCACAGGAAGAGCUGCUAUCACUUCUCAGAUACACACAGACGCAGGGGAAACACUGAAGCUCUUGCAAACAGGACCUGCUACAAACUGAUGGACUGACUUCCUUCAUCAACAGUCUGACUGAUGAAAACAAGCAGGAUCUCUCCUUUUCAAUCUGAUCUGAGGUCUGUUCAGAAAGUGGUAUGGUUUUGUUCUACAUGGGAUCGGAUAAAACCUCAUCUGUAGUCAUGCAGCCUGAGGACCCUGUUCGCCAGGACAUGCAAUUCUACUAUGUGGGUGACCAUACGUGGGCCACCAUGUUGGGUCAGAGCGUGAGGCUGCAGCCGGUCGCUAUACAAAGCCUCUCUGAGCUGGAAAGAGCGCGUCUCCAGGAAGUGGCCCUUUACCACUUGGAAAGAAGAGACUUGGACUUCAAGAUCAGCAUCCCUAGAGAGAUUCGUAAGAGGAGGAAAUCACUACGGAGAAAAUUUGACUCCUUCUCCAAAGAAAAGAAAGAUCGAGAGUCUGCACCCAAAGCAUUCAGCAUCCCUCUCUCCCAGGUAAUCGCAAAUGAUCUGGCAUACAAGCAGCGGCAGGAUGCCCUGAAAGAGAGCCGACGGGACUGUCUGGACCUGGAGGCCAGUGUUCUUCACUUCCGGGCAGAGAAAUGGCAGCAGAAUGGAAAUCGUCCGCUGGGGAAAACAGUAUUAUCACCUGGUGCUGCUUCAUCACCGGUGCUGGAGCUCCACAGCAAACCUCCUUCAUCUGCGUUCAUGGACAACACCUCACGCACACACCGACGGGGAGGGAUGUCGGUGGACUCCAUCUCUGAUAUGGUGGAGAGUCAGUCCAGAUUACUAGAAGCUCUGCAGCUCUCUCACCCCAAUGAGCUGGAGAUGAAGAAGGCGGCGGGUCGCACACAGGCCAAACUCAGUCUCAACCCAAUCUACAGGCAGGUUCCCCGCGUGGUGGAGCGUUGCUGUAACCACAUACAGACCUACGGAUUACAAACUUUGGGGAUUUUCCGUGUCGGCAGCUCCAAGAAAAGAGUCCGUCAACUGCGCGAGGACUUCGACAAUGGGAUAGACGUGGUGUUAGACGAGGAGCACAGUGUUCAUGACGUGGCUGCAUUACUGAAGGAGUUCCUGCGGGACAUGCCGGACCCCCUCCUGCCACGAGAACUGUACCGGGCCUUCCUGCACGCUAACCUGCUGAGAGGGGCCGAUCAGUUGUCAUACCUGCAGCAGUUGUUGUACCUGUUGCCGCCCUGUAAUUGUGACACUCUGCUGAGGCUUUUGACGCUUCUGCAUACAGUACAGGAGAAUGCAAACAGCUCCACUGGACCCAACAAGCAGGAGAUUUCUGGUAAUAAGAUGACAGCAGCGAACCUGGCGGUGAUCUUUGGGCCCAAUCUCCUGCAGAAAGAGAGAGGAUCAGAGAGAGAGCUCAGCCCUCAGGCUCUGGGUAUAGAGGACAGCACCGCCGUCAUCUCCGUCACCCUGAUGCUCAUACAAAACCACCAACAUCUCUUUAUGGUGUCUGCAGAGCUGCAGCAGGAGGUGCUCAUGAGCCUCAUUCAGACGGAUCCUGAUGUCAUUGACUAUCUGCUGCGCAGGAAACUCAGCAGUAGCAGCCUAACAGUGGAACCGGACUCUGGUGGACGGAGGGAUACUCAGUCGUCUCUGGACUCCAUGGGUCAGUCCAGUGAUGACCUUUCAUCCCGGGAGCCACUGUGUCCUCUGUACCCAGAGCAUUCUGCAAUAGGAAGUCUGAGCAGCGAGGUCCUGCUCAAUGUACUUCAUCUAAACACUAACAGGAAACGAUCCUCCGAGGUCCCACCCAAGUCCAUUGUAAAAAUGAGGCAGUUUCAUUCCCACCACAACCUGCUGAGUCUGACCCAGUCCUCCUCCAAUGCCCCGAGUGAUGAGCGAGAGCUUCAGGAGCAGCGGCAGGCCAGCUCCAGGCACACCUGUCCAGAGGAGCGUCUUCAUUUCACCCUGAGCCGGAAGGACAGCGGCUCUCAGCCACAGAGUCCUCGAGAGAAGGGCAUCUGGGUACGACAGAACUCCAACGCCUCCUCCACCACCUCAGACGACAGCAAGACGCCAAGCAACUUCUGGGACUUUUUCACUGGCAAGGUGUCCGGCUCAGAGACUAUAAUACCUGUUGUCAGAAGAAGUCCUUCCCUGCAAAAUUUCUUCAAUGACCACUCGCAGUCUGAGAAACGUUAGGUGGUAUGGAAGACUCUUUUCCUCUUUUCUUUUUGAAGAACGGGGUAUUUUUGAUAACUUGACUCUCUUUGGAGAACGCUCUCUGAACUCAUGGCAUCAUUGAACCACCAGGGGGGGAUAUUCACUGACGUCAACAUUUUAUUGGCGUUAAAGAUUCAUAUAACUAGAUCCUAGACAAAUAUUGACUGUAUUAAAUAUCUGAACUCUGUUUAGUUAAAAGAAAAAGCUGUCUUUCUUUCAUAAGAGCAAUGUUUUUCAGAGUGAACACUGGCAAUUCUUUAGUGGGCAGUACCAUGAACACCUAUCACCAAAUGCCAAAUGAACUUACUACCCAUGCACUUCUGAUUAAGAAACACUUCGUUCAUUCAGACUAAUAUUGGACUUUUAAGCUGGAGCCAAACCUUCUUUGCACACAAGCUGAAGAUCAAGGCAGUUUUUCAUCAGUUCUUAUUUGCUAUUAAAUCAUUUUCUAUUCGAUUUCAAUCAUUUUGUACAGAUUUUUAAAGGUGCAUUCUGUAGCUUUAGCUUUAGCAUGGCUGUUCAUUGUGUACUGAUGACGCAAUGCUCUGAGAAAUUGACAUUAACCUGCUAAUUAUACUUGUAAGGCUAUAAAUUAAUAAAUUAUCUUCCAAGUAAACCAAAUUAUGCAUCUUUUUAUGGGCAUUACUGUGAUUUUAUCCAUUACAAAUCUUUCCACCUGUUUACAUAUUAUACUAAUGUCCCCCCCUCUCCCCCACUCCUGACUCAUAACCAUUUUUGCUAUUUUAGGCAUUUAAGUAGUUUUUCCUUUUCUUUUUUUUUCUUUCUUUUUUUUUUUUGUUUAAACAUGGCAUGUAUGUUUUACAUUUGUAAAUAUAAUUGACAUCAACCUGAAUGCACCUUUGUAGGGAUAGCUACUUUUUUCCAAAACUGUUUAAAAGAGAUUUAAAAUUAGAAUGAAAAAUUCUCCAAGUUUUACAAACUGGUUUGAGUUCUUUCUGUUGAACACAAAAGAAGACAUAUUGAAGAAUUCGGGAGGAGAAAAAAAGAAAACAGCCAUUGACAUUCGUAAUAUUUCUUUCUAGAUGACCGGUUUUAAGGUUUACCACUGUUUG